UCAACUUGCACUGGAGUUCCCAACCUCUCGAGGACGGUUUAUUUCUCGGUUUUGUUCGAGACGAGUGGACGACUAUCAACGCUCGCCUAAACUCGAUCCACUCCACUUGCAUUAUUCUCCAAAAUUACCAGAUAAAAUCAUUAUUCACCAAUAACUACCCCCUCCAGGUAGAUUUUUGGGAGGUUGAGUCACCAGUGGUGAGGGAAUCAGAGAAAUAGUUGAAGAGUAAAAAAUAGAUAAACUAUCUCCCUACAUACGCAUACCGCAAUGGUGGACGAGUGAGAGGAGGCAGGAACAAUUGGUGUUACAGUGUGUGAUUUAUUUGUGUUGUAUGGCUGGUUGAUCGUACAGAAAAAAUGAUAGCUAUCACAGUGACAGCGGAUACCUAGACAAUCGUGAAAGGCUAAUAAAGUUGUAAAUAGAGAGUGAGAGGGAUAAGUAAUUAUUACAACUGUCUCUUGUGUUGCCUUAACCCACGUAUUUCUUCGUUAAUUCAGCGAUGCCUCGCCCCAAGGAUUCUUCCACUUGAAAUGAGAGAGGCACGGUGAGAGGUGAUCAACGAGAUUGAGAAGAGAGCGAUUCAGUGACAAGGGGGAACAAUUAACGCAAGAUGGAUCAUGGUCAUCAGUGGGGCAGAAAGCAGCUUGCUGCAUCGCCGGAAGUUGCUAUGGCAAAUGAGGUCUUUGAUCAAUUCUGCAAUGCCACAACACUCAAGUCCAUACUCGGCCACUUUCGACACCUCUGCGAUCUACUUAACAUGCGCUCCAAUACUUUCCCCCAGUUUUACCCAAAAUUUAAAUCGAAAUUGAGAUCAUGGAAGGCCCAGGCAUUGUGGAAGAAAUUUGAUCAACGGGCCAAUCACAAGUGUUACAAUCGAGGGAAAGCAUGCCCCAAUACGAGAGUGCUAAUAAUUGGAGGUGGUCCCUGCGGUUUACGUGCGGCGAUCGAGGCACAACUGCUCGGGGCUAAAGUCGUGGUAAUCGAGAAGCGUGACAGAAUGUCCAGAAACAACGUCCUCCACCUCUGGCCCUUCGUAAUUCAGGAUCUCCGUGGUUUAGGGGCUAAAAAAUUUUUCGGAAAAUUUUGCGCUGGUUCAAUCGAUCACAUAAGCAUCCGCCAACUCCAGUGCAUUCUCCUAAAGGUCGCCCUUAUUCUCGGUGUAGAGUUCCACGAGGGUGUGAGCUUUGAGUCCCUGGUGGGCCCACCGGAGAGCCAGGACGAGGGAAAAAUUGGUUGGCGAACAAAAACUACACCGGCUGAUCACCCAGUCUCUCAAUACGAAUUCGACGUGCUAAUUGGUGCUGAUGGCAAGAGAAAUACCCUGGAGGGCUUCAAGCGCAAAGAGUUUCGUGGCAAAUUAGCUAUCGCAAUAACAGCUAAUUUUAUAAAUAAACGGACAGAGGCGGAGGCACGAGUCGAGGAGAUAAGUGGUGUUGCAUUUAUCUUCAAUCAAAAAUUUUUCAAGGAAUUGUACCAAGAAACUGGAAUUGACCUGGAGAACAUAGUCUACUACAAAGACGACACACAUUAUUUCGUGAUGACAGCGAAAAAGCACAGUCUCAUAGACAAGGGCGUGAUACUCCAGGAUCACGCUGACACAGCAAAAUUACUCGCAAAGGAGAAUGUUGAUCGUGAUGCCCUGAUGCACUACGCCAGAGAGGCAGCUGAGUUCUCCACUCAGUACCAGAUGAUGGACAUGGAGUUUGCUGUUAAUCAUUAUGGCCAACCAGACGUCGCUAUGUUUGACUUUACCUCGAUGUAUGCAGCUGAGAAUGCGAGCAGAGUCGUGGAGAGAUAUGGACACAGACUCCUCAUGACUCUAGUAGGUGACAGUCUGCUGGAGCCAUUCUGGCCAACGGGUUCGGGCUGCGCCAGGGGCUUUCUCAGCUCUCUGGAUGCCUGCUGGGCAAUUAAGAGUUGGAGUGCCCAGCAUUCACCCCUCGAGGUCCUCGCAGAACGUGAAUCCAUAUACAGAUUACUCGGUCAAACGACUCCAGAGAAUUUGAAUCGAGAUUACGCCGCUUAUACCCUUGAUCCUCACACCAGGUAUCCCAAUUUGAAUCCGAGGUCUGUGUCUGCGGUACAGGUGAGAGGUCUUCUGGAGACUGACGAUCCUGAGAGCCUCAAACAGCCACCAGCCCAGCCCAGUGUCGACGUACCGAAAAAACGACGUCGUCGUGACACACAAAUUCAUCCUGACACUCUACUCCACUGGCUCCAGAAGCAGGUGGCACUCUACGAUGCUGUUCAAAUCACUGAUAUGACGUCGUCAUUCAAAGACGGACUCGCCAUAUGUGCUAUCAUUCACAGAUAUCGACCGGAUUUAAUCGAUUUUUAUUCCCUCAAGUCCGAGGAAGUCGAGAAGAAUAAUCAACUGGCUUUUGAUGUACUCGAGAAAGAGCUCGGUAUUGCACCGAUAAUGAGCGGUGAAGAAAUGGCCCAUUGCGACGUACCCGAUAAACUAGAAAUGUUUUCCUACCUCACGCUAUUGUACGAGGCCUUCCGUGGAGAAAUACCGCACAUUAAGCAUCCGCAAUUGGAGCCAGAGGUGGAUGAGAGGCCAGUGUAUGAUAAGAAGCUGGUGCAAUUGACGAAUGAGCAGAAGGCUCACUUGAUCGGACGUUUGGCUAAACACGAGACAACGGGUAGGGCAAGGCACUCACGAACCUCCAGACACAAUAAUGAGAAUGUACAGGCGAUUGGGGAUAAAAAGACUGAUGGCAGCCUUGGGAGGAGAUCCAGGAAGCGUAGGAGUAAUGAAAAAAUGGGGGCCAGUGUCGAGGAAAGGCAAAAGCGACUCGAGGACAUUGCGAACAAUCGAAUUGAACGAAUGAAGAGACGGCAAUUUUUGCGAAAAAUGGCGACCCAGCAGUUUUAUAAGAGUUUACAGAUGCUACAGGCUAAUGCUAAACGUGAAAAAGAUGAUGGACCGUUUGAAGAUUAUUCAAUAUAUUUGUAUCGUCAAACAGCUGCUGACUUCAAGGAGCGAGUUAAAGAAUUAGAGCAGAAAAUACUUUAUCCAGAUAGGGAACCCAAAAUGGCUCUGCAAUGCAGGAGUGGAAUGGACGAGGAUUUUUCAGGGAGAAUAAAAAAUAUGGAGGAUAUAUUGCGCGGAGCUCCACCGACAGACAAAAAACCCCGAGAUUUGCUCCGAGCUAUUGGGAAAAUUGAAAAAACUGAUUGGAACGUGAAAGAGAUUGAGAAGAAAAUCGAGGAGAACAAAAUGAGCAGAGGGGCGCGUCAAGAUCGUGAACGCGUGCCAAAAUGGAGUAGAGAGCAAUUUCUAGCACGUCAAAUAAAAAUGGAGAAGAGAGGAAAGGAUUCAACCGAGGCAGACAGUAAAUACACGGAAAUCGACAAUACCCUGAAGUCGAUUGAUCGAAAGAUCAAGGAGGGAAAUGUCCUGGGUCACAACAAAGUCUCAGCGAUGGCCGAGCAAUUUGCGAAUAAGAAUCAGGACAGUGAGCCCAAGGUCCAGAGAUCAAACUCAAAAGCUGCGAUUGUUCUGCCGACUCAGGGGGGCUCUGAAACAUGUCAUUUCUGUGAUAAGAGGGUUUACCUUAUGGAGAGGCUAACCGCCGAGGGUAAAUUCUUUCAUCGCGGCUGUUUCCGAUGUGAAUACUGCUCUACGUCUCUCAGAAUUGGUAAUCAUACCUUCGACAGGGAGAAGAACGAUGGGCGUUUCUACUGCGCUCAACACUUUGGUCAACCUGGGACAAUGAAGACACGAUUGGAUAAGAAAAAAGUGCCACUUCUCAAUAAGGAGAACAUACCAGACUCACCGGGCAAAAUUAAAUCAAUCCCGGAAAAGAGUCAGACACUGAAGCCACCGUUGGACGGUGUAGCAGGUCUGGAUCUUCUGGAUCGGGGUCAGACACCGGAGAGAAUUGAAUUUGAGAAUCUCGCGGAAAUGUCGGAUGCCGAAGAGGCGCACAGUCAAAUGGACGAGGAUGAGUGGACUGACCGUAAUUUCGGUGCGUCAGCAGCGGAAAUGGGCUCGAGCGAUGAUAUAUCUGACAUGAGUGAUUCAGAUGAAGAGAAUGAGAUCUACGAAGAGGCCAUUGAUCAGCCCCUGACGACGGAGGGCACCAUAGAAUUGGCUAAAAAUUGGACACUGAGGUAUUCAACGAAUCCACAUGGCUCAGCAAAUUCGGACACCGGUAGCAACGAGUACGAGGACUCCAGCGAUGAUUAUACGAGCGAGGACGAAGAGAGUGGCACGGCGACUGAAGACGAGGAUGAGGCGAGGGCUCGUGAGCUGAGGAAACAGGAGGUCUGGGUCAAGGUACCACCGAGGGAGUCCGAUGACACGGAGACUGGAUCCGAAACUGAGGUUGCCUCGGAUAAAUCAUCGAGUGAAGAGUGCCAGGAGAAUUCAGCAACCGAGAUAUCGACAGAUUCUGAAUUUGAGCAUGACGGUACAACACCAACGCAGCAUGAGAUACCAGAGAUAACGAUCAACGAUUGUUUCGUGAGAAAAACGCGUGGACAAUACGUUGAGCCAAAGAGAGUCCAAGUAAAGAGUCGGAUAAUAUCGCCGGUGAAUGGAAACGUGAAGAAUCAAUCCAGCAGUCCGACAAUCCGAACAAACGUGGAGAACGUGAGUAAAACUGUGGCUCGACCAACGACACUGACUCCAAUGCCUCUGAUAAACCCAAGAAAAGGGGACUAUCUGCUCAAUCGAACGCACUCAACCGAGGGUAUCGCCUCGAAGCUCUCCCUGGAACUCAAGAAGAAGUACCUCCUGGGUGGCUCAGCCCUCGGAGGGAGCGUCAUAAAAUCCGGAUCGGCGUCAAAUGUCGAUACAAAGCUCCGAAAUUUCACAGACUCAAUAUCUCAACACCAGAAGCUCCUGAACCCCGCCCCAGUGCCCAGUCCCACGAUGCAGGCCUUUCUCCAGGGUACCAACAAAUUCCGAACAGCCUCCAACAUUCCUAACGUCCCCCACUCUCCUAUUUCCACGAGGUCAAACCAAUUGAUCUCCUUGGAAAAACCCAAAGACCUUGAGACUCCGAAAACUCCUCUCCCCGAUUUGAUUAAGGAGACCAACCUCAUGAAGUCCAAGACAGAUCCUAAUAUCCUCAGAACAAGAAUUCUCUCCUACGCCAAAGCCCCUGAAGCCAAUGACCAGACAAAAAUGAAGAACGAUGAGACGGAGAUUGAUGAACGUGGAGAGAAGAAGAAAAUCCUGGACAAGAUCCUGGAUGAGAUGCUUGAGGAUUUGAAGACUCGAGAGGGGACCGAGGAGAACGGGGACUGUCGUCCUAGGAGUCCUCUGCACGAGACCUCUAUCGUUGUUCCCCAGGUGGACUGGUCCAAGGCUAAGGAUAAGAACGAAGACGAGGACGAGGACGAGACAACUGAGGACUCGGAAAUGGACUCCGACUCGUUGUCCUCGAGUGAGACAGAUGUGAACGAGGAGGACAAGAAGAUCAGGGGAAAGCUAUCGCCCCCCAGACUGCAGAUUCACAGUACAGACGGGGAUCUGCUCCUCGACGAAGAGGUGGAAAGAUACAGAGAACCAGAGGACGGGAUGACCUUCGAGCCGGACUCAAUCGAGUGUAUUUUGAACGCCAGUGAGGAGAAAUCCGAGAGAAUCGAUAAGAGCUCUGACCCUUGGGCAAGGCCUUUACCAAACGAUAACCAGGUUACUCCCACCGUGGAAAUCGAGCCAAUUAGCGAGAGACUGAAACGAUUAGAUCUCACAGAGACCCAUCAACAGGUGAGCAACUGCAGCAGUCCUACAUCCGUUGCCUCCAGUAUAUCAAAGCACGACGACUCCUUCGAGAACGACGUGACAACCGCAGCCUUGACUGAGACCGAAUUCUCAGAGUGGGCUAGGGAUGGCGAUGCUCUCGUCUCGGUUGAUUUGAAGGACGCAGAAUUCGACAUGAGUUUAUCAUCGAAGAAGCCCAAAUUCAAGUUCAAUUACGAGGGCACUGCGAGAAUCGCUAAGGAGGAGGAUUUGACAGACGUCGAGCAGUUGUCCGAGAAUUACUCUAAAAAGGCGCUCAACUUUCCAAGCAAUGACACCUCCAAGCUUCUCGCUAAUGGAGAAGAUAUUGAUUACAUGGAUACCGAUAAUGAGUCGUUGUUAGACAGUUUGAGAGACACAGCGAACAUUCCAUUAGUGAAAAAUCGAGGAUACGUGGAGUUUGUGGACGUCUCAGAUAUCCCGAAGUUGGGAGUGAAGCAGAUGAAUGAUGCACCGAUUGCCAGGGCUGAGGCUGAAUCAGAAUUAAUAUCCGAUGAUGAGAAGUAUCAGUACGACAAGUACGAGAAUGUAAUCGAGAUAAAUCCAGUGACGAUGGAGGACAUAAAGGACAGAUUAUCGAAUGCUAAGUGCAUCGAUAAGGAGCGGAAGGAAGGUGUUGUCGAGGCGGUCAAUCGAGAGAUGAUCCAAUCGAUGGAUGAGGACAGUCUUCUGGUGAUAGAGCAGACUGAGGACACCACUACGAGUGAACUUACGACAAUCAAAGCUAGUCCAGUCUGUCCACUGCCUCCAAUUGUACCUGAGGCCAGAGAACCCUCUAGGUGUGACACUGCGGAUAUAAAUAAUCCGGAUUAUCUGGAGUACGUGAAACGCCUCCAGUCGCGAAUUGCUGAGUUCUCCAACGUGAAGGACUCCAUCGACGUGAGGAAGUCCAAACGAAAAACAUCAAAGAACGCAAUGCCAGAUCGCUCGGCUGAGAUGAUUGCAGAGGAGAUCAGAAAUCAAGAGGUGUUGAAUGCGAAUUACAACUCACCAGCAACAUCGAGAAAACUUGAGGAGUUGACUCGAGAGCGUUCAAAACAGAAAAAUCUCAUUCAGGAUCUAUUGAUGGAUAAGAUCGAGGCCCAAAAGCAGAAGUCAGCUGAGAAGAAGGCGAAGAGGGCAGCGAGGACAGCAUCCUUCAAUUCGGGAAUAUCACUGUUUUCCCCCAAGUGCAGUACACCCUCGGUACCUGGAUCAAUCACCCCAGUCACCACUCCAAUUCGCACGUUAGCAGAGGGUGAAAAGUGUCUCGAUGCACUUGUCCCAGUGGAGACCAAGCAAUUUGGUGAGAUUAAGAAGACACUGCCAAUUAGCGAGGAAAGAUAUGAUCCCUUUAAGACACCAGUGGCACCACCGAGGCUGAAGCACGAAGAGGCGAGAAGAACUGCGGAGAAGUGUAAGCAGGAGGCUAGGGAGAGGGCCAGACUCAAGAGCGAUGAGGAUCUCGGUCUCAGUCCUGAGGAUAAGAUCAGACUGUUGCGGAUGAAGGUGCCCAGGAGGCAAUUGUCCGUGGAGGAACGCGCCAGGACUGAGGAGUAUGCGAAUAACGAGACAAAAACUCGUCAUUACAGUUUCACAAUUCACAAAACUGGUGGCAAACUCCAGCCUAGCAAGAGCACAGACAAUGUCAAAGCCAUUUCGAAGAAGAUGACCAUUGAUUUUGCUCAUGCCACCAGUUGCAAGUCUAUGGAUGAGCUCGCUCAUGCCAAGCGGGUUGAGAUCAAGCCUGAGAGUGAUAGUGUUGUUUUAAGACGGGAUAAGAAGAAGACGAAGGAUCCUGAGAGGAGGAAGAGCAUCAUUCAGGCUGUCUCUGAUUUCUUCAAGAAGAAGGAAACCACUCCUUCGCCCACUCAUAAGGACAGGGGAUCUGUGUUCAGGCUGACUUCUAAGGCGAAAGAGAAAGCUAAGCUGCGUAGGUCUUACUCCGAAGGGUUCGAUCUGGACAAAAUCACCCAAAAAUCGGAAACCAGACCGAAAAGUGCCUGCGAGGGAAUGUUGAUAGAGCAUUAUCUGCUGGAGACUUCACCUCCAGUCCCUCCUCCACCUCUCAAUUACUCAUUAUCAACAACUCAUAUAUCAGACGACAGUUUGUCGGAUGAAGAUUCAAAAACUGCAGCACUCACGUCCCAGAUGCAGAGGAACACCUUGAUGGAUGGGUCAUGCAGCAGUAUAUCACGCAAAGUGAGGAACACGAAGAAAUUAGUUAGACAGAAGAGAUUGAGAAUGGCACAGGAGAUUCAGAGGAAGCUGGAGGAGACAGAGGUGAAGCAGAGGGACCUGGAGAGUCGUGGGGUCAUCGUGGAGAAAGCUCUCAACGGCGAAGGAGAGUGUUCAGGUCGAGAGGAGGCGGAUCUUCUCCGUGAAUUUUUUGAUCUGAUGAGAGAGCGCACUGAGCUACGCAGAUACGAGAAGGAACUGUUGGUUCGUGCCCAAGAAGUACAGCUGGAAGAUCGACACGAGAGAUUAGAGCAAGAGUUACGUGAGAGAUUGGCUGACGACGAUAAGAACAAGACAAACGACGACGUCAAGAAAGAGGGAGAAAUACUAACAGAAAUGUUGGAGAUUGUGGCAAAACGCGACUCCUUGAUAGCCCUGCUGGAGGACGAACGACAAAGGUAUAAAGACGAAGACAAGGAACUCGAGGCUCAAGUGUUAUCAAAGGGCCUACGAUUAUCACCAAUCAAGAAGGAGGACACCAAGUAUUCGGUUUAGCCGGCAUUAUUUUAAUGAAUUAAUCGAUUGGAAUUUUUUUUUUCCAAGUGAAGGAAUUACGGAGGAAUUGCCAAGACUGUAUUAAGAGAGAAAAUAAGUAAUUCGUACUGCAUUUCAGUUUUGUACGAAUCAACAGAUUAUUUUAGGGAUUGACUGCCCGUCUCCCAGGAGUGUGAGCUAGUUGAUUUUUUUUUUUAUUCACUGGACAGCAGAGGAAUGCUAUCAAAGAUAAACUGGCUGUAGAAAUAUGCAGUAUCGAGAGGAUAUUUUUCAAUGAUUUAUACGACCAAGUUAUACGAGAGAGAAAUGCAAAUAUUCGUGAUAUUGUAAAUUUUAUAAACGCGAGAAUAUAUUUUUCACUUUAACGAAUGAAAAUUGAGAGGGACUGCGAUAAUUAUUUUGAAUUGAAGGAUAACGGUAUUGACCGUGUCUCAAUGUUAUUUAACUUGUCAAUGUUGUACGAGCGCAAUUGCUGUGCGGUACCAAAUCGGAUAAGAAUGUGCUGGGCACUUCUAGUCGACUUGGAGUCGAGAUCGUCUUAACAAAUCGUUAACAAAUAAUAUUAACAUCAGUUGCAAUGAAUGCUCAUUGACGACGCUCUUUGGCCUGACUUUCGUCGUUUUAAUGGUGGACUCUCGCUCCUUUUAUUGAGCGGCUUUUCUGCUGCUACUUUACUCAUGUUGAGUGAAAUUUAGAUGAGGCACUUUCCCAAAUUGUCCUUUUUCCGCUGCGUUUGUAGGCUAAAAUUGAAGUUGUCCUUCACUGCCCUGUCCCUGCUAAGGUUCAGUCCUAUUCCGAUUAAUGCGCGAAUUUCUGUAAUUUAAUAGCGAAGCAAUGGGAAGUACUGUGCGGUGUCAAUGGAUUUAACGAGCACAUUUUCUUGCCGAAAAUUGAAUAGUGACAAGAAAAGUCUUUUCACCUUCAAUUUAUAGUUUUCGAGGUGAAUCGGUGAUCAUAAAAAAUUGUUAAUGACAUGAAUAUAAAUUAAUGAAAGUGGAUAUUGGAUGAAUGAUAAUCCUCCAAUUGCAAUAAGUACGAGCCGUAUUUUAUUCGAACAAUCCAGCCGAUUGAAUAGACAGAGUUCAAGUUCAUCUAUUUUAUAUAUAUAUAUCGUAAAUUUGAGGGACUCGUUAUAUAUAUUAUCAGCAACAAUCACCUGCAGUAUUCUAAAAUUUUCUAAGGUUUUUUAGAAGGUUCUGUAUUUUUCCAAGAUUUUUAAUUCCUCUCGCAAUGCACCGAGAGUUCCUCGAAUUUUCUAAAGAAACACUGAUUUCUCGAAUUCUUUAGAAAUAAAUUGAAUCUUACCGAUUUUCCGUGGAACGUUCCGCAAAAGAAAGUUCCGUAAAUAGCGAGGAAUUGAUUCCCGAUGGAAAUGGGAAUGAUCUGUUUAAUGACUGGUUAAACGUUCACAAGUUUUCUCAAAAGGUCUUGUAAUUUCAAUUAUUACCGAGUAAAUAGAUUUUUUUCUCUGAGGAACAUUCCAUAAUUUUCUGGGAAAUUCGAGAACAAUUAGGCACUCGAGAGAAUUUGGAAACUUGUGGAACCUUCUCCCUCUUCGGGGGUUAAUUAAAUAAAAAUAACAACACGUAUUCUUUAAUUGCGGAGGGAAUUUCAAACAUCGAAUUGACUUGAUGAAAUUAGCUUUACGAGAUUGGAACCAGCUUUCUGCAUUGACCAUCGGUCCAAUCCGAAGG